GCUCGGAUGGGUUGCCGCCGUGUGCUGUUGUCUGGGGUGGGAUAAAGUCACUAGAUGGUCAAUCUAGUGACUUUAGAGUGGGAAGGGUGGAUUAUAACCUUAGCCGACUAUUGGUUCGACAUGGUUAUCGACUAUUGGUUCGACAUGGUUAUCGACUAUUGGUUCGUCUUGGCCGUAUUAGUCCACAGAGACUAGGUGCUAGACGAAGAAAGUCUGUGGUGGUGUGGUGGGAAGGGUAAGCUUAUUCAGCUGAUUCGGCAUAUCACCGAUACAGAACGAACUAGGAGGCUGGUGGCCGCUCUCUGGUUUCUCUCUGUUCAUGGUCAUGUUCGGGGUCAUCGAGUUUCAUGUUUGCAUUCUGUUCGCUGCCCUUAGCUUCCAUCAUGAGUAAAACGAUAAGAAUGAUUAUCCUCUUCUUUUCGGCACUGCUACACAUUGGAGGUUAUAUUUUGAAAAUAAUUUAACAACUUGCAAAUGAAAUGCAAGCUAUUUGCUUCCAGAUUUGUUUAAUUCUUUUGCCAGAUAAUUCGUCCCCGGCUAUUUUUGUACUUGCAUCCUGAAGCCAAGAAUCUUUUAGCAGGUAUCAAAAAUACCCAAACUCGUUUACUGUGUAUUGAGCAUGACUAAUGGGGGAAGAAACUGUUAAACUAAUCUCGCAAGAAGUUAAAAGGAACGGCAAAUAAAGCGUUGCUUUCGGAAUUCGCGCGGGUGGUUUUACGAGACAUCGCCAUCCAAUUCUGCGUUUUCGUUUUAAGAGGCUAUCCAACAUUCUCAUAUAUUUAACGUUGUGCACACAAACGCAAAAGCUUAUUCGUCACGUGUAAUGGCAUUCUUUACGGUUUAUCAGCUCACAUUUAACCAGCCAAUCUGCCAGAAACAUCCCCCGGACGAAUUUUACGUCCGCAUAGACAAGUUCAUUCGUCAAUAUGCAAAGAAUCGAUCGAUAUUUCAUAAAACUUGAUCCGCAUACACGUACGUGAUAAGUAAUUGUUGUUACCUAUCAUUUGCGUUAAAAAGCACCCACUGCAUUAUUGCGAAAUGGAACUGACGAAGGGAAUUAUCGACGGUAUAGCGGACAUCCAAAACAGCAAUCUCUUACCCGAUGAAACGUUUUUGCAGUUACUGGACACUGUAGUAUCUUACAUUUGCAGGAACACUAAUGAUACAAAAAGCAUCACUAGUUUAUAUCCAUCCAAGCCGGAUUUAAUAAAAGCCGCCGUUGCCAACAUCUCUUGUCUCUUCGUGGAGGCUGCCAGACACGAUUACGACGAGGAAAGCUUGAGGAUUUUCCUCCAGGAUGAACACAUUAGCGGCCAAAGAACAGAGAAGCUGUGUAACGCUUAUGCGAACAGCAAGCUCGAUAUCCAGACCCAAUUGGAACUGACGGGGGAUAACGUACCACAUAUAGUGGACAUUGAUUGGCGGCUGCAUCACUGCGUCAAGGUUAGCACUUGUCGUUCGGUUAGCAUGCCAAUUUAUAACAUUCGACUGAGCUUGAAGAAGUCCAGUGAAAUAAAGUACAUAACGUUCACGUGUACCAUACAACAGUUGCAAGAGUUGGUGUAUAAACUGAAAGAUAUCGUGAGGCACGUUGAGAAAAUGUCAAAUGUAUAGACAUUGAUCCCGAGCAAUUAUUAUUUUGCGAAUAUAGAGAUGCCAUCGUUCUCGUGAUGAUAUGUACGUUCCGUCGAGGAGGAGAAUACGAUCAGGCGAUUGUAAAAUAUCCAGUCUGCUAGGCGCAACGUAUUUUGUGUGCAUUAAUUAAAAUUGUGUUCUCUGAGGCCUAAAGAACUGUCCCGAGGACAGUUGAAAUUUAUUUUGUAUUCGCUAAUUGGACUGAACAAGUGACAACACAUUGUUCCUCGACAGACUGUAGUGUAAAGGAUGACGUUCCGUACGAAUAAUACACUAUUUAUUAUAGGUGUAGUCAAUUAUAUUUUUGCAGUAAUGGAACGAAUAUCUUCUAAUCCAUGUGGAAUCAUUGUCGCGUUAUUUUCAUAUGGUUAUACAUGCAUAGGCAUGCACAUAUAUGUAAAAACUGAAUUAAAAGUAGUGUCCCUUCGCUCUUGGCGGUUUCACGUGUCUGUCUGUCUAAAAAUUGAUAUUUUUGUAAGACGAAAAAAAAACAAUGCUACGGUUAUGUCUCUUGACUAAUUAAAUAUAGAAUUAUAUUAGUAAUUAAUAAAUUUCUCCCCUUCUCUAUUAUAUACGUAAUAUAUAAUAUUUUAUAACCAUAAUACACUAUGUACAAAUAAAGUAUAGCAUAUGUACCAAG